AUGGCAUACCCUUUGGAGAGUUCACCACCGAAAUUGCCGAAACUGUCAAGAAACUCAAAUCCUUACCACAUCAAGCGACCCAUGAACGCAUUCAUGGUGUGGUCGCGGUUGCAAAGGAAGAAAAUAUCAAUGAUGAAUCCAAAGCUACAUAAUUCGGAGAUUUCCAAACGCCUCGGCUUAGAGUGGAAGAGCUUGGACGAGACGGAGAAGAGACCGUUUAUAGAUGAAGCGAAAAGGUUAAGGUUGAAACACAUGCACGACUAUCCAGACUACAAAUACCGUCCCCGUCGGAAAAAUAGAUUGGAUACAUCGUAUGGGAAUCCAGCUUUAUACACAACAAGAGAGACUUUCGUCGAAGUUGAACCUCGGGUGGAACCCAACUAUCAAAUACCUGUAAACUAUUCGGAUCCUCAGUAUAUGUACAACAACGUGAUUAGCUACUCAGUGCCAAUAAGCCAACCUCCUUUUAUGUCUCCCAUGAGGAAUAAGGAGGAAACCUUGCCAAGUCUCGAUUUGAGACCGUUACCAUCCAUAGAAAGUAUUUCGUCUCGACCUUUUGCUGUAGUCAAUCAACAAAUGAUGGUAAAAGCGUAUCCCAACUUGCAUUAUGUGCCUGAAGAUGUCGCGAGGAUAUCCUACCAUUAUCCAUUUAGUGUUCAG